AUAGGCAGGGAGAGGGGCAAAGGCAGGAGCCCAGGCUGAGCCGCAGGGAAGGAGCCAGAAGCUGAGCUCAGAACUUGGUGCAGCUGAAGAAGGCAGGCGGAGCCGGGAGAGUUCCCUGAGGAGCUGCUGACACCGGCAUUGGGAUAUACCUGGAGAGGCCGCCCAGCGCCAUGGAUUACCAGCCCAGCAUCAUCCGAGACCCCAGCCCCAUGGAGAACCUGGAGAAGCAGCUGAUCUGCCCCAUCUGCCUGGAGAUGUUCAACAAGCCCGUGGUGAUCCUGCCCUGCCAGCACAACCUGUGUCGGAAGUGCGCCAGCGACGUCUUCCAGGCGGCGAAUCCGUACUGGCAGAGCCGGGGAACCACCCUCUCUGGGGGGCGCUUCCGCUGCCCCUCCUGCCGCCACGAGGUGAUCCUGGACCGGCACGGCGUCUACGGGCUGCAGCGGAACCUGCUGGUGGAGAACAUCAUCGACAUCUACAAGCAGGAGUGCUCCAGCAGGCCCCUGAAGAAGGGAAACCACCCCAUGUGCAAGGAGCACGAGGACGAAAAGAUCAACAUCUACUGCCUGACGUGCGAGGUCCCCACCUGCUCCAUGUGCAAGGUCUUCGGCACGCACAAGGACUGCGAAGUCGCCCCCCUCCAGAGCAUCUUCCAGGGGCAAAAGAUGGAGCUGAGCAACUGCGUCUCCAUGCUGGUGGCAGGGAACGACAGAAUCCAGACGAUCAUCAGCCAGCUGGAGGAGACUUGCAAAACCACUGAGGACAACAGCCGGCGGGUGAAGCAGGAGUUGUGCGAGAAGAUUAACGCCCUGGUGGCCACCCUGGAGGAGAAGAAGAGCGAGUUGCUGCAGAAGGUCACCAAGGAGCAGGAAGACAAGAGCAGCUUUGUGCAGGCCCUGAUCCAGCAGUACCGAGAGCAGCUGGACGAGUCCACCCGGCUGGUGCAGACGGCCUUCCAGUCCCUGGAGGAGACCGGAGGGGCCGCUUUUCUCAUGAACUCCAAGCAGCUCCUGACCACAAUAGUGGAAGCGUCGAAGGGCAGCCAUUUGGGGAAGAUCGAGCCGGGCUUUGAGAACAUGGAUUGCUUCUCCCUCGACCUGGAGCACAUAGCAGAAGCCCUGAGAGCCAUCGACUUUGGAACAGGUGAGGAAGAGGAGGAGCUAAAUGAGGAGGAAGAAGAAACAGAAGAGGAGGAGUCUCAAGAAAGGAGAGGGGAUGCACCUCAGUAGCAGAGCAGAAGCCAUCCCCGAGCUGGAGCAAAGUCCCCACGUUCGGCAGGGAUGAGUGACUGGGGGAAGGGGGGAAACGCACUGACUUCGCGGGAGCUGCGGGAGAAGCGGGCUGGGGUCCCAGCUGAAGACGCUCAGGCCCGCCAGGCCGGCCGACGGCAUUGCUAACUCAGGAUGAAAACUUGACCGAAGCGCACACACGCUCACUUUUAUACACGGGUGCCGCCUAGACUAUUUCCUACGUUUUAUAUCGCUCUCUUAUUUUGUAUAUAAUCGGAACGGGUCUUUGACUUUUGUGUAUUUUGUAAAGACGCCUCUUUUGCUUCCCAGCUCGCCGUGCACGGAAGAUGUUGACUCUGGGAAUGAAAGUUCCUUUGCGACCUGUAGGGAUUACGCGGAGGGCAGGGCCUGACCUUGACAGACAUGCGUAACUUUAGUAGCAAGACAGGGUUUGGGGGACGGGAAAGAGGCAGCUGAAGAGUACGUUCUGCCCAGUCCUAGCGUCCAAGAAGUGUAUUGAGUUGAUGUUGCACGUUGUCACAAUAAAGUAGAUUU